GCUAUGCUAAACGGAUGUUGUUUAUGAUCGACAUUUUCCUUCGAAAUGGAAAUAGAACUAAACUGAAAUUAUCCAUAUAUUUUAUUAAAUACUAACGAGACUGAGUGUAUAUUUUAUGUAAUGUACAUGCAGUGUCCAAAGGCGUAUUUGCAAAGUUCAUGGAAUUGUACAGUCUAUAAUAAAAGGAGUAAAGUUUUUUUCACCAAUAUAUAGCGGGAAACCUACGCUGUGACGCGCAAAACGCAGUUUAUUUUGUUGAGAGGAUAGCUACAAUUUCAUAACCGUCUUGUUAUGUGUUCAUUUAAAUUGACAGUGCAAUUGUGACAUAUUUUGUAAAAUUUGACAAUGUCCGACGAAAUGGCGAUUGGUGAUAAUGCUUCAAAUGAAGAUGCAAAGGUAAAUGGUGAUGAAACGGUACCAGAGAGUGGCGAGGACGCCGAGACAGCUCCUACGGAUCCACCCACUGGACCUGAAGUAUUGAAAACGGAAGUUUCUGCAGAAGAUGCACCAAAUUCAGAAGAGAAUAUUGGAGAGGAGACUGCAGAAGUUAAAACAGAACCUGACAUAGAACCAGAAAAGGGACCUGUUGCAGAAGAUGAACUUGACUCAGUGAAGAAAGAUGAUGAGGUUGAUAACAGAGGAGUCAAACGUAGAGCUUCCACUGCUUUUAGCGAUGCUGGUGAUGAAGAGUUCAAAGGUUUUGAUAGUGCUGAUGAUAAAGAUGUGUCAGUGGACUAUAGUCGCAUUGUCGAACGUCUGGAAGCAGAGGUAUCAGCAGCCACAAAGGAUUUCACCCCACUGCGGAGUGUGAUGGCCACACCGCCUGCACUGAUCAAGGCCAUGAAACGAGCUAGGCAGGACACUGAUGGAUCAAGACCUUCAUCAGCCUUAUCAUCAAGGUCCGACGGCGAUGGAGUCAUCUCGACUGAUGCAACGAGCGCAUGGUCGCCGUCGAUGCGCGGGAGGAGGGCCACCACUGAGAUGUCUUCGCCGCUGCUGCGCGUGCCGCUCGAGCGCGGCUGGCGGCGAGAGCUAGUCUACCGCGCCGCACUCGACGCGCACUCGCGCCGCAACGCAGACAUCUACUACUACACGCCGCACGGGAAGAAACUGCGCUCCACACGCGAGGUGGCUGAGAAUCUCGCCGGGACUGGACUGACGUUGGAAAACUUCUCAUUUUUCAAAGAGCCGUUAGGAGUCGAUGAUCCUGAGAAAGAGAUCAUACGCGACGCAAAAUUCAUACGUCGCGUAGAAUCUCCAGUAGCAUCGGCCCCGCCGCCCCCCGCGGAGGGCAAGCGGACCCCCAAGCCCAAGCCGCCCAAGGGGGCCAGCCCCGAGCCGGCCGUCAAGUCGCCGCCCAUCAAGCUUAAGGUGAAAUCGUUGGGGUCACGAUUGAACAGCGGGCCCACAGCUACGACUCCAACAACGACUCCUAAGCAACAGAAGAAAUUGCAGCCAGCUCCCAGCGCGGAUAACAACAACACUGCCGCGUGGAAGAAGCCCAGCGAGGAUAAGCGUCGUGGUCGCAUCGCAAACGGCGCAGCGUCGCCGCCCGCCGCCUCCCCGCGCCGCGGCCGGGGCCGCCCCCGCGCGGACGACACUGACUACUUCACUGCCUUCUAUCACAAGGCGCAGGAGAAGAACUACAAUGUUGUCGUACAGAUAUUCCAAUAUUUGGGCAUGCGUGACUUGGCUCACUGCGCGCGAGUUUGCAAGCUAUGGAGGCAACUAGCGUCAACGCCGUGUCUCUGGAGACAUAUAAGGAUGAAAAAUUCACACGUGAGCGACUGGGGAGGGUUGUGUGACGCACUGAAACGACACGGCACAAAGCGGUUGGAUUUACGCAAGAUGCUACUGCCGCAGAACGACACCGUCUUCUGGGAACAAUUCGCGCAACACAUAUCCAAAGUAGACACAUUAGAGAGGAUAGAGAUGUGCCGGUGCCCGGCGGCGGCGGUGGAGGCGGCGUGCGCGGUGAGCGGGCUGCGGGCGCUGUGCGCGCUCGCCAUCAGGGACGCGAGACUCGACCCCGCGCCGCUCGCGCGCCUGCCGCGCCUGCACGAGCUGCGCCUCAAGAGCCUCGCCGGCCUCGCGCUCGCCUCCGACCUGCGCCCGCUCGCGCGCCUCCACCACCUGCGACACCUCUCGCUCACCUCCAUCAAGGAGCUGGGCUGGUGCCUGGUGGACGUGGUGGGUCAGCUGGGCGCGCUGGAGGUGCUGGAGCUGGGCGAGUGCUCGUUCCGCGCGGAGUUCGCGGCGGCGCUGCGGCAGCUCGCGCGGCUCCGGCGGCUGCGGCUCGAGCGCGGCACCGCCGCCUGCGCCGCGCCCGCCAUACUGCGCGCGCUCGCGCACCUGCCGCACCUCUCCGCGCUCGAGCUCGUCAACGUCGACGUCAAGGUCGGCUUCGACGACGCAUUAGCUGAGUGCAAGAACAUCCAGCGUCUCCUCAUCAUACCCACAUACGUGUCACAAUCCGCCACCACCAACAAACAGGUGCUGAGCGGGGUCCUCCGGCUGAAGGACACGCUGACGCACCUGAUGUGGGGGGUGACCAUCGAGCUGCUGCGCGUCACCGAGCUGUUCAUAGACCAGUGCGAGCAGGGCGCCGACACCAAGAAGAAGGACAUCGGAGAGUGCAUCCCCGUGCUCAAGCCGGUGCCCGGCUGCAAGCUGCCCGAGGAACACCACCACGUCGCCGGACCGCCGCAGGUGGAGAUUCUCCCGCUGCCGACGCUCCAGCGGCUGUUGUCGGCGCAGCUGCCGACCACCAAACUGAAACUCCUGCGCAUACCCUUCCACGCCACCUGGCGGCAGUCGCUCGCAGACUUCCAGUAGCGUACCGACCAGUGUGACUUACUAUGUAUGUACACCCGAGACUUUCUGUCCACUGUAUAGAUAUUAAAUUUUAUAACAUUGUGUUAAAGUGCAUUUUACGAAGUAAUUAUUUGGGUUAAAAGAAAUUAUAUUUACAAUAAUACUGUCUAAGUAACGCCUCACCAAUAUGACAUUAUCUGAGAAUAUUAUUGUGAAACAAAUGUUUUCUUAGUGCUAUACUGAAAAAGGGCGAGCGCAAUGGAUCUAUACAGGUCGCAGUGCUACAGGUCUUCGCACCUGACAGUAAGCCAAAAUCUCUAAUAAAAAAAAUGCUAUAUACUUAGAAAUUAAUCUAAAGUAUACAUUAUAAAAGGUAUAUUUACAAUGAUAAUAUGAUUAAAGAGCUC